UGAGUACCCGAGGGUAGCGACUCCGGAUCGACUCGCGCUACUCCCUAUCAGAUGGGGGGUAGCUAUAAGAGUAGUGACGUCAGAGCUAUUGCGUGCUUUUGCUGCUGCUCGUCUCGGCUGGAUCAUAGGGGCGCUCGGAAAUGCAGAGUAGCAUGCACGAAACCAUAUAUCAAUCUCCUUUUCCUUGUCACGCAGAUGAUCCCAUACCGAAGUGAACACCGUCACAGCAGAGGCGAAGUAGCGGCCAGAAGGUUCCGAGGACCAAACGUCACUGUCGUCUGCUGCCGCCAUAGCGAAGAUCACAGUCGCGCCCGUUUCACAACCAACUCUAUAUUGGAUCGCCUGUACCCUCUAGGUCACGUGGUACAACUCUCACGUGACCAGCUAUGACUCGGUAGUUUGUUUUGGAACGCAGCCACAGUAAUAGCCCCCGCCGCUAGCCCUUUGAAGCCCUGUGAACGUGACGUGGCCUCACAGGAGCACAACGGUUUUGCAAGAUGCGUUCACUUGCCUUCGCCCUGGUCUUUGUUGGACUAGCUUGCGGUGGACAUGUCCCAAUCAGCUACUGUGGAACCAUGUCAAGAGCAAGAAUAGAACAUGUCGAUAUCGAACAGUGCGAUUCUGAGUCUUGUGUGAUCAGGAGGGGCCGAUGGACGCGUUUUAUGUUUGCAAUCGACCCAUACGUCAACAGCACGACGCUGACGUUGGACGCUAGCUUAACGCUUGUCGGCAUGAGCUCCCCGGUCACGGCUCUGGGGUCGUCAAACCUCUGCGGUUACAUCAGGUGUCCCAUCUUGGCAGGAAGAACCUACGACGACGCUGCGCAAAUCAUGAUAGGCACGUGGGUUCCCCGCUCGCGGGCGAUGCUGACCUACAGGAUAAACGGCGACGACGGAGAACUGGGUUGCUUCGCUACGAAUGUGAAGAUUGCAUACUAAAUGCACAUACAGCAUGAUAUGUUAAGUAAUAAAGAAGAAGUCGUCCGACAAGG